AUGGACAUCAAUAACACCAAAUACGAGCUGGUGGGAUCGGGGCCCGGGGGCGCGAUCAAGGACAUAGGAUCCGGUAACUUUGGCGUGGCCAAGCUGAUGCGAGAAAGGUCUACAGGGGAGCUGAUCGCGAUCAAGUUUAUUGAAAGAGGCGAGAAGAUCGACAGGAAUGUGGAGCGGGAGAUCAUCAACCACAGGGAGCUGUCCGGUCAUCCCAACAUCAUCCGCUUUCGGGAGGUGUUUGUGACGUCCACCCACCUUGGCAUCGCCAUGGAGUAUGCGGCGGGGGGGGAACUCUUCGAGCGCAUCGUGGCCGCGGGGCGGUUCAAGGAGGACGAGGCACGGUACUUCUUCCAGCAGCUCAUCUCCGGGGUCUCCUGGUGUCACAAAUGGGGCGUAUGCCACCGCGACCUGAAGCUGGAGAACACCCUGCUGGAUGGCCGACAAGCCCCGCGCCUGAAGAUCUGCGACUUUGGGUACAGCAAGUCUGCGCUGCUGGACUCCCAGCCCAAGUCCACGGUGGGCACACCGGCCUACAUCGCGCCAGAGGUCCUGUCCCGCCAGAACUACGAUGGCGAGGCGGCGGACGUGUGGAGCUGUGGUGUGACCCUCUAUGUCAUGCUGGUAGGCGCCUACCCCUUUGAGGACGCGGCCGACCCGCGCAACUUCCGCAAGACCAUUCAGCGCAUCAUGAGCGUGCGAUACACCUUUCCCGCCAACAUCCGGCUCAGUCGCGAGUGCGCGGACCUGCUUCAGCGCAUCUUCGUGGCCAACCCCGCGCAGCGCAUCCGCAUCCGCCAGAUCAAGGCGCACCCCUGGUUCCUGCGCAACCUGCCAGAGGAGCUGCGGGACGGCGGCGUGGCCAGCACGGAGGCCGCGCCCCGCCCCUCCCAGACGGUGGAGGAGAUCAAGAAGAUCGUGAAUUUGGCGCGGGAGAAGAGCCCAGUCCUGGUGGCACCGGUACGAGGGUUUAACGAGGAGGACUACAUGGAUGGCGACCUGAUUGAUAACGAGGAGCUGGUGGAGUGA